AACGGCGCCAACAGACCUUAUUCAUCCAAGCCAAGUAUGUGUGUAGUUUCACCUGUAGCAGCGUGCGUUUGCUUUCAAGGGUAAAGUUUUACGCUGCUCUUCGCUGGCCCUGGCGCGAAUUCUGCAUCUUAUAUGGUAGUACAGUAACGAUCGGAAAUCUUGGUGCCGUUUGUUAAGCAGCGCGCACUCGUGAGCCACUCUAGAUGCCCGAUCAUGAGUUUGUGCGUGUGCCGGUCGGCGGUUCAGCUGGAGAAGCUUCUCAGGCGCACGCUGCUGACCUCUCCGUGCGCACGGCGCAUGUACUCCGCCAGCGGCGGCGCGAGAGACAAGAAGAACCGGACCGUGCUCAUGUACGUCACUUCGAUGACUGUGCUCGUCGGUGGGCUCAGCUACGCGGCCGUACCGCUGUACAGGAUGUACUGUCAGUCAACGGGCCGGGGCGGCCAGGCAUUUGCGAUCGAGGCCGGUGAAAAAAUCGAGAAGAUGGACCGUGUGAGCCAUCGCCAGAUCAGGGUCAACUUUUCCGCCGACACUGGCUCAGGGCUUCGAUGGAACUUCAAGCCACGCCAGUCAGACAUUGUGGUUGCCCCAGGUGAGACCGUGCUGGCCUUCUACACGGCUCGCAAUCCAGGCGACAAGCCUGUAGAUGGCAUCGCCACCUAUAACAUCCUGCCCUUCGAGGCGGGGAAGUACUUCAACAAGAUCCAGUGUUUCUGUUUUGAAGAGCAGCGCCUGAACCCCAAUGAACAGGUGGACAUGCCAGUGUUCUUCUACAUCGACCCGGAAUAUGCCGCUGACCCGCUACUAGAGAACUGUAAUGAUAUCACGCUGUCAUAUACCUUCUUUGAGGCCAAGCCGGGCAUACAGCUGCCUCUACCCAAUAUCCGGUGAUGCCACCCAAUGCGCCUCGUUUAGUCUCGGGACACUCCUCUACAACAUGCUGAAGAAAGCAACGCAAUUCACGCUAGUUAGUGUGUAAAAUGAACUUUCUGAUUGUUACCAUAGACUUUUCUAAAACAAACUAGUGGGGCCUCUGGUGCUGCCAUCGUUCAGCCACCAUGGAAAUAAUGGGUAGUACAUGGAUUUGCCUAGUCGUCGUGCUUGCGGCUUCGAACGCACUUGUGGCUUUCUUUAUUGCUGGGUUUUGCUUUUGUUUUGAAUAAAAUUAAGGACCGUUGUAAACUUCGUGACCCGAUUUGAAUUGGUGAGCCUAAAAGGUUAGGGUGGUGAAGUGCAACUGCUGAACGUCUUCUGAUUGUCGUCUCGUGACGAAGCGGCUCCAGGCCACACGAAGCCAAACGGAGCCUAAAGAACAAAGGUUAGACAAAUUUGUGCACUUCCCAUCAUUCCCGUGCUGACUGAAGCACCGUGCGUAGCAGCUCUGACAGGCAACAGCGCCAAAGUUCCCUCUAGUCUAUAGGAAACUAUGGUUGUUGCGUGCACCAUUUGAAUGAUGUCCAUGACAGUUUGGUUGCUGAUCUUGAUUGUGGGUUUGAUCCUGGGUUGUCUUACACACAGUACUAUGGGAGUGUAAUUAGAAAAAAAAUAAAUAAAAAGUUCCAUCCCAUACUG